AGAGGACGCCCACGACCACCAUGGCACAGUUGGUCGGCAACGUGAGGGAAUCCGAAGGAAGAGAGAAUAGCAUCGAGAUCCAGGAGCUUGCUCGCUUCUCCGUCGACGAGCACAACAAGAAACAGAAUGCGCUUCUGGAGUUUGCGCGUGUUGUGAAGGCGAGGAAGCAGGUUGUUGCUGGAACUCUGCAUCACUUGACGGUGGAGGCAGUUGAGGGAGGGGAGAAGAAGUUGUACGAGGCCAAAGUGUGGGUGAAGCCAUGGCUUAAUUUCAAACAUGUUGAAGAAUUCAAGCAUGUUGGCGAACAAGGUAAAUCUAGCGUCAAUUCUUAG